CCCAGCUCUCACGACCAAAACAGAAAAAGUCGAACAGACGACACACGAAGGAAUCUUGACUAUUGGCUACUGUGGCACCUGAAGCCACCAGCAAGAUUCCCACGCACCACACUGCACCGCGCCAUGGAACCAAGAGCCCCUCUCCCUCACUUUUCGAUCAUCUCAACAAAGCGGAGCAUGCAUGUACGCGCACGGCGACCAUGUCCAUGGCGGCUCACGGGACGCACCGAGCCACGCAUCGGCCUCCUCCCCGGAAACGUCCAAAUUCCUUCUGCCCGAGGGAGAGAGAAAAAGGCGCCUUGUUUGCUUUCUCUUCGCCUCAUCUGCUUGUUGCCCUCCCCCUGUCCUCCUCGAGGACCGCCAUGCUGCGCUACUCCCUAGCUUUCCUUUUUGGAGCUCUGCUUGUCGCCUCCCCACGCUUCUACAGUUGAGAUCUCUCCACAAUUGAGAUUUUUCAAAAAUCCCCGCUCUCCCCGCGCAGCAUUUGCCUCCUCUUUCUGCUAUAAAACUCGUCCAAUCUUCAUCAGUCGAGAGGGCAUCCACCAAAAUGCCUCGUUUCCGUCACUGCUUAUCCAUGUCCCCCCUCGUGAUCCUCCUCUUCCAUCUUGCAACAUGGCCUGUGCACGGUGAGGUCGCCAAUGGCGGCCACCGCGACCUCCCUUUCCUCCUCUCAUUCAAGGCCUACAACCCCAACAAUGUCACGGUCCUGAAGACCUGGGUCGGCCCCGACCCAUGCUCCGGCGCGUGGCUCGGGGUCCGGUGCUCCAGGGGGAGGGUGGCGGGCGUCUUCUUGGACGACGCAUCGCUGGUGGGCAGCGUGGCUCCCCUCCUCGGGCUCACCCAGAUCAGGGUGCUCGCCGUCAGGAGGAACUCCCUGUCCGGCCCUCUCCCUCCAUUGGACAACUCCACGAGCCCAAGGUUGAGGCACCUGCUCGUCUCCCACAACAACCUCAGCGGAGGCCUCAACCUUUCGCUGCCUUCCCUGGUCACUCUGCGAGCAGAGCACAACGGAUUCCAUGGCGGCUUGCAGGCUCUGCGCCUGCCGAUGGUCAGAAGGUUCAACGUGUCGAGUAACGAGCUCGUCGGAGAGAUCCCCAGCUCCCUGUCGGGAUUCCCGAGCUCGUCUUUCGGCAGCAAUGUCGAUCUCUGUAGCAAGCCUCUUCCGAGGUGUAUGCAUGCUUACAAUGCAGUGGAAGAUAGCGCCUCAAAUGCUACCACUGGUGUCGCUCAGUCUCCUACUGCAGCAACAAAUACAUCGAGUGGCAGUCCGAGCUCUUCCAGUAAUGGAAGAUUCAGUCAGCUUGGCAUGACCGCACUCGUGGCCACUGGCAUUGGCAAUGCAGUGCUGAUAGCGAUCUCGCUGGCCAUCUCUGUGGCCAUGUUCAUCUACAUGAGAAGAAAGCUGAGGCCCUCUAACGACGAUCCCAAAUCCAGUGCGUCUCUUUGCUUCGAGGAGGAAGACAAGAUCAGGAGUGGUGAAGAGAAGUGCCAGAAGAGCGGCGCCCUGGUCUGCUUCGACGGCGGCGAGGAGCUGAGGCUGGAGAGCCUGCUCAAGGCCUCGGCGGAGGUGCUCGGCAAGGGCGUGUCCGGGAGCACGUACAAGGCCGUCCUCGAGGACGGCAUCGUGGCGGCCGUGAAGCGGCUCAGCGCCCUGCAGUUCCCCGGCCGGAGCAAGGCCUUCGACCGCCACAUGCGGCUCGUCGGCAGGCUCCGGCACCGCCACGUCGUCAGCCUCAGGGGCUACUGCAACUCCAACGGCGAGCGGCUGCUCGUCUACGACUACCUCCCCAACGGGAGCCUCCAGUCCCUUCUGCAAGGCAACGGUGGAGGCGGCAGAACGAGGAGCCUGGACUGGGCGACGAAGAAGGGCAUCCUGUUCGGUGCGGCGCAGGGCCUCAACUACAUCCACACGUUCCCGGCGCGGCCGGCGCUGGUGCACGGGAACGUGAAGCCGUCCAACAUCCUCCUCGACGAGCGCGGCGCCGCGUGCGUCUCCGAGUGCGGGCUCAUGCGCUACGCCGCCAGCGUCCCGCAGUCCGGCCCGCAGCCGCCCGAGCUGUUCCUGGACCGGGCGUCGGCGGCGGUGUCGGGCCGCGGCGGAUGGCGCGGGUACGCGGCGCCGGAGCUGACGGCGCCGGGCGCGAGGGCGACGCAGGAGUCGGACGUGUACAGCUUCGGGAUGGUGCUCCUGGCGGUGGUGACCGCCAAGGGCGCCGCGGACGGCGGCGAGGACGAGGGAGAAGGGGAGGAGACGAUGGGGAUGGUGAAGAUCGGCGUGCUGUGCACCGCCGAGGCGCCGGAGGAGAGGCCCAGGAUGGCGCAGGUGCUCACCAUGAUGAGCGAGUUCAUGUAGUGUUUUGCUGGUGUAGUGUCACGGAAUUUCUUCGAGCUUUGCAGAAGUAGCCUGUAGGCAAGAAAGGGUAUUGCUUUCAA